AUGGCAUCACACUCGAAUACCUCGAAUGUGGUGGGCGGUCACUACCGGGUAGGGAAAAAAAUCGGUGAGGGCUCAUUUGGUGUGAUUUUCGAAGGCACCGAUCUUCUUACGCACCAUCGCAUUGCUAUUAAGUUUGAGCCACGUAAAAGUGACGCACCUCAGCUUCGUGAUGAGUACCGCACGUACAAAGUUUUGAGCGGCGUUCAAGGCGUGCCGCAGGUGUAUUAUUUCGGCCAGGAGGGCUUGCACAAUGUGUUGGUUAUCGAUUUGCUCGGUCCAUCUCUUGAAGAUUUGUUCGAUCUCUGUGGACGGCGCUUUUCCGUUAAAACGGUUGUGAUGGUCGCCAAGCAAAUGGUUUCUCGUGUACAAUCUAUUCAUGAACGUAACUUGAUCUAUCGUGAUAUCAAACCAGAUAAUUUCCUUGUGGGGCGUGGGCCUGGCAAGUCGGCCAACAUAGUGCAUGUCGUCGACUUUGGGAUGGCCAAACAAUACCGUGAUCCCCGGACAAAACAACAUAUCCCUUACCGCGAGCGCAAGAGUCUAAGUGGCACUGCACGGUACAUGAGCAUUAACACACACCUAGGGCGCGAGCAGUCUCGAAGAGACGAUCUUGAGGCGUUGGGGCAUGUGUUUUUGUACUUUUUGCGUGGAAGUUUGCCAUGGCAGGGCCUUAAGGCUGCAACAAACAAACAAAAGUACGAAAAAAUCGGCGAGAAGAAACAGAGCACGUCCAUUAAGGAUCUCUGUGAUGGUCUUCCCGAAGAAUUCGGCAUUUACCUGAAUUACGUACGCAAGCUCGGGUUCGAGGAGACGCCUGACUAUGACUUUCUUCGCGAACUUUUCUCCAAGGUCCUUCGCGACAUGGGCGAGGUUGAUGACGGUGUGUAUGACUGGCUCAUGAUGAAUAAUGGCAAGGGCACAGAGUCAGACCCUUCACGCUCUGCACAUGCAGAGCGUGGAAAUCCCCAAGACUUGCUUGCUACUGCUGGUGCUGUCGGUUCUGGCACGCCCGUUGCUAACGCUGCGGGUACCGUCGCAGUCUCGGGCGCGGCCACUCCGGGCGCUCAACCGACACCUCAUGGUAGUGGACGUCAGCGGUAUCGCACGGGAGAAAUGGGCACGCGACUCAGCACGACUGAAAUUCGCACUGAGCAGGGCUAUGCACCUAUACGCGACGUGCCACAUUCGAAUGCUAAGUUCACCCGCUCGCAGCAGCAGCUUGCCAUGUCACCAUCUGCAUCUGGUGCGCGAGUCGCAUCUGGCGCCGGCUCACCACAUUUGGACGAGCGCCCACGACAAACAGCACGUCGCUACGAAUCGCGGCCAUUCGCACUAGCGAAUUCCAUGUCUGCUGAUGCGGGUGGGACGACAAUGCAUGAUGCGCCUGGUCGCAUGAACCAUCCAGCUGCGUCGCCAGCUGCGUUGCAUAAUGGCAUGGCUGAUACGAGUGGCACCGGUUAUCAGACGACUGCGCCUUUGAUGGAACGCCGGACCUUCGGUCAGCGGCUGGUGGACUUUUUCCUUUGUCGCUGUGACUAG